UCCAUUCGUGUUGGAAUAGCUGAGAUAAAGUUCUUUCUUUUGAUCUUUAAAUCCAAACCAUCUUUUUAUCUUACUUCGAGGGAUUUUCUCAAAUUCAAAACAUUUUUGCAUUGAAUAAAUUCGUCACGAUUAGUCAUUAUGUUUAUUAAACUCUGUCAAAUCUUAUCUUUUUUCGAUAAAACUGAGAAUAUAAUGUGGAUAUCGGCAAGAACUCCCAUUCGAAGCUGGUUUAUUCUUAGAUUGAUUCGGUACGAUGCGUUUCAUCGGAUUUUUGGCUAUUCUUGGUGUUUUUGUGGCGGCCACAGCUCAAGCUGCUAAUUUUACAGGCCCAUCACAUGGAAAAGUUGUCGCCUGUUACGGAUGGACAAGUCAACUGCUCCCAUACAUGGGAACAAAUGUUCGUGGAGAUGUCGUUGCAUUCGAAGAUGCUGACUUGAACUUAUGUACACAUAUUCACCCUUUUCUCAGAGCAAGAGAACCUUGGAAUUUCACAUCAGUGAUGAGUGAUGAAGAUGAAGAAGAAUACAAACAGUUGAUAAGAUUGAAGCUAAAAUAUCCCCAUCUGAAGAUAAUGAUGAUGAUUGAAUUUCGCUACAUAGCUCAGUACUAUGGUAAUUCGGUACAAUACCAAGCAUGUAUAAAAAAUAUCAUAAAUUUUCUUCUGCGCUUCGAUUUUGAUGGUUUGGAUAUCAUUAAACAAGAAAAUUAUGAUUUCAAAGGUCAAACGGCAAGGCAUGUGACAACUGUAAAAGAUCUAAGAAAAAGUUUUCAGCAUUUCAAUUUGCUUCUCACGGUCACUUGGGGAAUUAAAGAGGGUGAUCACAAUUAUAUCGCUCUUUCCGAAUACAUAGACUACAUGCCUGUCAUAAGUUCCACUGCUGUCUAUUCAUCUACGGAAGAGGCGAUAAGCGAUCUGCACAUCACGAAUAUGGAAAAAAGAAUCAAUGAAAUCAUUUCAAGGGGAUUUCCAUCAUCAAAAGUGGUUAUGAAUUUGUAUUUUUACGGAUAUCCGAUUCACAGAUUUGGCUCAGAUUCUUUUUCAGGUGGACAACCAUAUAACCAAUUGUGUAAUUCAAAUUUAAAUGAUAAAACGUCAGGUUGGGAAAGGCAUUAUCAUACAGGGGCCAAUUUGGUCACUCUUCAAGCUAAAAAUGAAAACAGUGAGAUUCGCGGAGUGAUUUUCCAUAAUACACGAUCGAUGGCUAAUUUAGCACGUCUUGCGAUAAAAUUUGGCUUGGCUGGUGUGGCGGUCGUAUCAAUAAAUUUCGACGAUUUCCGCGGCAAGUGUGGCAUCGAAGAAGAUACAUUCGAUGACUUCAAGCCAACCACGAAAUUUUCAAUGGACAUUUUGAAACGGAAAUUUCCGCUUCUGCGAACAAUCAAUGAGGCAAUCACUGUAAGCCUGGAUGAAAUAGGAAAAGAACCAAAACCAAUCAGCAAUCCAUCUGGGUGUCACCCAUUUAGUAAUUUUUUCUGCAAUUUUUUACAUUUCUGUUGAUUGAAUCAUUUGGUUCACAGCGAAUUCAAACAUUAAUUAAAUUAACAUUAUUGAAUUAAUUGAUUUUGUAUUUCAUCGAGUUGCAACUCAAUUUCUUGAACACCAAGGUGUCUUUUUUACGUAAAUAAAGUUUGAUAUUUUAACAGGGA